AUUUGGACAAAAGGACCAUGGCCCACACUUUCCUGGCCAGUUUUACAAGUUGAUGAGCUAUAAGAUGCCUCAUCCAAUUUUCUUUGUCAGCCAACCAUCUCAACACUCCCCUUAUCCAUUGCUCUCAUAUUCACCUCACAAAAAAUAAUAUCCCAUGUUCACCCUUUUAUUAUCUCUCUACUUUGGCAAACUUAAAGCACUCCACAAGCCAUCACAACCAGGUUGGUGGUCAGAAAACAAUGGCAACAAUGACAACAUUCUCUGCAGCAACAGUAAGUUCAGCAGCCAUUGUAGGCACAGGCAGAAACUCUUUCCAGAAAGGAACCAAAGUGAAGUACAUUAGUGGAUUGAAUUCAUUUGGAGGGCUUAAGGCAAAUAACCAUGUUGCCUCAUUAGGUCUCCCUAUGUCCACUGAACAAUCUUUUGCAAAGAUUGUUAGCUCGUUAAAAACCCCAUCAUCACAAGCCAAUGGUGGAGCUUUGUCCUCUACCUGCAAUGCUGCUCUUGAGAUUUUCAGGAUUGCUUCCAUUAUUCCUGGCUUGGUUCUUGUUGGAGUUGCUGUUGGAUUCGUCCUCCUCCGAAUUGAAGCUACUGUAGAGGAAUCUGAAUGAAACUUUGGUCUGUUAAACAUUUUCUUUUUUCCUGCAUCAAGAUUCACUCUCUUUAAUUCCUAUAAUCCUCUGUUUUGAUGUAGAAUUGAUUUGUUUUGGAUAUAUAUGUUAAACUAAUGAACUAUGAGUUCUUCCAGAAACUUUAA